CUUUUACACAACUCGGAAGACCAAAACAAAAAACGUACAAACAGAAUACGUAUUACUGUAUAUUUGGUUCAAGUUGGCUGAUUCUUUUUUUCCCCGCACAUGUCGCGGAGAUUUAAUAGGAGGUGUGAAGAGAAAUACCUAAACAUGCUGCUUAGAGAACUAGCCUGGCUUGUAGUGGCAGCUUAAAGCCCAGCGGCAUCUAGAAACAAAGCUAAUGUUCCCGUCGCGGCUAGCAGGAACCGCUAAGCUAACUAAGCUAAGCUCGUUGACCCAGCGACAUUCAGUGGAGAAGCUGCAGCUCCCUUCUUCUAUUUACAUCCCAAACGAUUUGAGACUGACGCACUGACUUGUUAGGUAGCUAAAUUAGUUAAACCGGGAUACUGACAACUAUUUUAUGUCGUUUUGCUGCGUGUAAACACUCCAGGAUGGGAAUGUGCUUACCGUGCCUUGGUGGAGCCGCGGACGACGUGGUUGUCACCCCAGAUCCUGAGACACGAAGACAACAGCUGGCAGAAGCAGCUGAGAAGAGACAAAAAGAGACGGUGUACAGGGGCGUCAAAAACCCAGAAGCAGUGGAAAGGAAAAGGAAAAAGCAAGAAGAGAUUGAGAAACAGGCGAUGAGCACCUCUGUGUCUGGUGGUGGUGGCUUAAAGUGGCAGGUUGGAUGAACUUCCUGAUGGUAACUCGCCUCUGAUCUUCAAAUCCACAUGAAGUAUUUCUGCAAGAUGACUUGGAAAAACCUUGAAACUGCUCUCCAAUUAAAUGCACCUAAUUUUUUGCCUGUUUUUGUUGCAAAUCAUCUGGCAGUCAUCAGACUUGGUGCAGAACCAUUUCAACCAGUUUCACACGCCUCACAGUUGUAGCUGCCAACUUAUGACGGCUGGUUUAGACUUUUUUUGGACAAGUCAGGGACGGCACAAACACAUUUCACCCUGGUACUGGUGUCUGACGACUGAAGGGACAUGAAUAACACUGGACAGUGCUGGCUGUCAUCUCUUGUGUUUUGAAGUGAAGGAUUAGUAAAGCACUGCUGUUGAAGGCCACAUCAUGUUUUUUGUGUCUUAACCAGAUUGAUUUUACUCAACAUGUAUCCUUUUAACACUUUCACUUGAUUCAAGUUUGAACUUUUUGACUGGAAGUUGUUUUGCUUGUCACAGUAGUUUGAUGCGUUCAGUCUUGGCCACAGGAAAUCAGUGAUGUCAUCAGGACGUGUUCUUUCUGCUGUUUGAUGCUGUCAUGUGACUGAAGACAAACACUGUUUGGUUUAAUUUAACACUUGAUUUGUGCUUUAUAUAACUCAUUUGCUAACUCUGUUGUUAUGUCGAGCAGAAUUUCAGCUGCACAAUACUUCUAACUAACUCUAAAAUAUUUUCUAGAUCAGUGGUUCCAAAACCUUUUUAGCUUCUGAUCCACAAGCUAACGGGGCUUGUGACCCCAAAUGUAAAUGUAGACUUUGCUAUGAUACUAUUUGUGAUAAGUGAAAAUCUAUCAUUAGCAUUUAAAUUUACAUUUUAUUUGACUUUUAAAGAUUAUCUGAGGUCCCAUAGUUGGUGGUUCAUGACCCACAGUGGGGCGUCCCAACCCUGAUGUUUUUGAACCACUGUUCUGGUCAAUAGAAGUGAUGAGGCAGACACGCAGGUAUUUAUGUUGUGCUAAUGAUUUAUUGCACUUUACAAAAAGAGCCUGCUUUAUUAGGUUGAUUGCACGGGUUGGGUUUGAUGACUUGAAAAAUACUCCGUUAAAAACACUAAUAUGAGUUGAAAUGAUGUGCCACCGUUUAUAGUUUGUUGGAUGCUUACUAGUAUAAUGGUUUGCCAAACGGUUGACAAACGUCAGAUUUACUCUCUGGCUAUUUAAAAUAAAUAUCUUGUCAUGUUUAGUGGUUGAAGACAGUCUACCUUACUCCAUUCUUAAACGCUUUCUGGUGCUCUUGCCUUUUUGUAAAGACAAA